AUGGAUGAAGACCUCGGACUCAGUGUAGAGAGAAACAUUGUACCUCGGAUCAAGCCAUUAUCCCCAAACCCAGUAGUACAAGCACCGACACCCAGCCCACCAACAAACUUAACCUUGUCAAUUUCUCCUCCCCCUCCUGACGUCGAAACAACCACGCCAUUAUCUCCACCAUCGCCAUCGUCAUCGCCAUCACCUCCACCUACACCACUACCCUCGCAACCACCACGCGCGCAAGUCGUUCCCAGGAACAUUCGUGAAGAACCGCCGGCUCGUGCGGCAUCCGCCGUCACCACGUCAACAAAGCCAAAAAAGAAGCGGAAGAAAGCGAGGGACGAGAUCGAUGAUAUUUUUGGCUAG